AACAAGUGGCAAGUGUCAAAACAAAGGCGCUGCAACACGAUCCGAGGGCAGGUGCAAUCGUACAAGUGCUCCGCGAAAAGUUUGAUUUAAUUUGGUUCCAACGUAGAAAAUAAUUAGUUUUUGCUCGCGAUGGGGAUGUGCUCGUCGUGCUUCAAAGGAUCCACCGAGGAGCUGCUGCAGCCGAGCGCGGAAAUGCGCCGGCAGCAGCAGCUGGAGGCCGCCGAGCGGCGUCAGCAGCAGAGCGAAAACCGUGGCAUAAAAGAUCCGGAAAAGGUACGCCGGAUGCAGCAGCGAGCCCAGGAGACGGAACGUCGCGAACAGGAGGCGGCGCGGAUGGGUGGCGGUCAGCCCGUGUUGAAGUGGUCGCAAGAUUAAGAUCAAUUUACAUUCGCAGCGACGUCUCAGUUAACACUCGACCAAUGAACGAUUCGAUUGAAGUGAUAGAAUUGCUUGGAUUGUUUCUGAUUUACCGGCUAUGUUUGUUUUUUUUUUCUUCGCAUUUUGUUUUCCUCAAUUGUUUGUUAUUUAGUUUUCAUCGCAUAUUUAUGGAAGGUUUUGUUGAUAGUAGUAUGAGAACAUUUUUUCCACCAAAUGUUUUGCAACGCAUUUUCAGCACCUUUAAAUCUAUCCAAUAUCAGCUUAUUUAUUUUGUAUGGAGAUGGUUCACUAGUGUUGAACACAUUGUUUUUGUCAAAUGAAGGCAUUGUUUUCUAUGUAUUGGAAAAAUAUACUGAAUCUUUUGAUAGUCCAAUAAAA